AUGGCAUUGCGGUUCGAGGCCCUGUACAGAGGGGAUAUGUGUCCCGGCUGGAGCGUCGGGGGCAAGGGUGAGGCCAGUUCCCGUGCGAGCUUUUUUUUCAGUUCCAGUACGAGCAUGUUUGAAAUUAAUUUGCUCUGUGACCCUGGAGACCAAAUUGCUCUCCAUUUUAACCCCCGCUUCUCCAGCUCCAGAAUCAUCUGCAACUCCUUCCUCGCCAACCACUGGGGGAAGGAAGAGGUUAAUAACACCUUCCCCUUCGAAGCAAAGGAGCCAUUCCAGGUUGAAAUCUACUCUGACCAGGACUAUUUCCACAUUUUCAUCAACGAAAACAAAAUCUUGCAGUUCAAGCAUCGGCAGAAGCGGCUUUCAUCCAUCACCAAGCUGCAGAUUAUCAAUGAUAUUGCCAUUUCUUCAGUGGAAAUCACCAAACGAGGCCUUUACUAG